UCCCGAUGCAGGAUCGUAAGUCUUUGUGUUUUUAUAUUAUAUUUUAAAUAUGAGUUUUAUUUAAUCAAUACUAACUCAAGAUUUUUGUUGUUUAGAAUUGUUCCCUCACAUCAGGCAGUAUCGAUCAUAACAAAUAUUAUUAAAGAGAAGUACACACAAUUCUGGCCGUCUUAUGGAGCUGUACAUGAAGAUGAUAAGGAAAAAUGGUUUCAGGCAUUUAAGGUAUAAUUUACUUAUUCAUUUUGACAUUUCCUUUUUAAUUUUUGUGAUAUUCAUGAUUCUACUUUAUUUAAUAUUUUUAAAUUCAUACAACAAUGUAGGAGUAUUGUAUUUGGGAUGUUAGAGAUGAGGCCGCGAUUAAAGAAAACUUUCACUCAAAAUGCGCUGCUCGAUUUUCUGAUACUAUGAGGAAUGUUAGACUGAAAUGGGAAGCAAAAGGGACACGUCCACGUUGGAUAGGAGAAGAUAUAUUCCCAAAGCUUAUUGAUCAUUGGAAUUCUGAUAAGUUUAAGGAAAUAUCGGAGCAGGCAAAGAAAAAUAGAGCAUCUGAAGUUGGUGGCUGCAACUACGCAGCAGGAAGUAUUAGUGUGGCUGAAGUUGCGCGAAGAAUGCGUGAAGAAUUAGGCAGAACUCCACUUCUUAAUGAGCUUCACAUGGAGACUCAUCUCAAGAGAAAUGGAGAGUUUAUUGACGAGCGCGCAAAAAUCACACAAGAGAAUUUUGAUAAAGAACUUGCCCUAAAGUUGUCAGAGCAUCCUGAAAUACCUGAACCACCACCGGGGUAUCCUGUUGACCCUAGUAUUGGUUUUCAAACUUGGUAUAAGGUUUCAGGUGGAAAGAAGAAAAAUGGGAGAGUGUAUUGUGCUGGAGGGUAUUCCAAAAAUAUCAAGCGGCGUAGUAGAGAUUUCAAAAUGAGAUAUGCUGAUGGAGAAGGAUCAUCCACUCCACCUAUAUUAACCGCUGAAAUGCUUGAAACUGUGAGAAACUUGGCAAAUACUGAGGCAGCACAACAAGUAGCAGCAAGAAAUUUGGAAAUUGAAGAGAUGAAGAGAAAACAAUUAGAGAUGCAGGAGGAAAUGCAAAGAAGAGAAAGAGAAUUACGGGAAGAAAUGAGGAGAGAAUUUCAGGAAGAAUUGAGGAGGCAGGCACAAGAGUAUCAAGAAGCAAUGCGAAUUGCAAAUGAGCGGUCACAAAGGUUUGAUCAAUUUUUUGCUUCACAGAAUAUGGGUGGUGGUGGAUUUGGAGGAACUAGUGGAUAUGGAGGAGCUGAUGAAGAAGAGGAGGAACAAGAUGGGGGGAAUAAUUAAAUUUUCAUAUUUAUGUUUAUUUUAAUUUGUAUGGAACAAUUUGUGUUAACUAUUUUAAACUUAUUUUUAAAUAUUAUUGUAAUUUUGUAUGGAAUUUAAUUUUUAAUAUAUUUGCUUAAAUAUUAAUUAUUAUAUGUAUUAUAAUAAUUUUAUUUUAAUUUGAAUUAUUAUAUAUAUUUUUUAAUUUAAAUUAUAUUAUAUAUAUAUAUAUUUUAAUUGUUAUUUACGGUUUUGAAAAUUAUAUUUUUUUUUUUACAUAAAACAGUUUGC